CUGUGGGGUAAGUGUAUGAGGUCUGACUGCCAGAGCAUUUAUCUUCCUUGUGUUUCCUUAUCCGGGGUCCGGGGGAGCGCAGCCAUUGGCCCGCCGCAUCACGUGGCCUGCUAACUUUGCACACUUGACAGGGGAGUAGGAGGGUUCAGUGCAGAACAGAAAAACGACAACGCGAGAAAAAUUAGUAUUUUUUUGUUGCACUUGCACAAAUUAAUGGCCAUGAGUUCGUUUUUGAUAAACUCCAACUACAUCGAGCCCAAAUUCCCACCCUGCGAGGAGUAUUCCCAAAAUAACUACUUGCACAGCCAGUCCCCAGAAUACUACGAGCGGCCGAGGGAACCCGGGUUCGAGGCUCCUCCCGAGACUCUGUAUUCUGGAGCGGGUAGUUACCCCGAAGCCGGCUAUGGAUACAGCCACAUUGCUCCGCCGAGCCAAGAAUCUGCUGCAACAGUCCAGGAUGGGAUCUCUCCAAAGGGGCGCAGUCAAUCUCAGCCUCAACUUCUCCAAAGCCACGUCCUCAGGCAGCCUCCACAGCCCUGCGAUUCCUUAUCAGUUCCCAGUGACAGUAUCCACCCUGAAAAGAUCCCUGCAGCCGCCCUCAAGUGCAAGGAACCCGUGGUGUAUCCAUGGAUGAAGAAGGUCCAUGUCAACAUAGUUAAUCCAAAUUACACUGGAGGGGAACCCAAAAGGUCUCGAACAGCAUACACCAGGCAACAAGUCUUAGAGCUUGAGAAGGAGUUCCAUUUUAACCGUUACCUUACCAGGCGCCGACGAAUUGAAAUAGCUCACACUUUGAUUCUGUCUGAACGUCAGGUCAAGAUCUGGUUUCAGAAUAGGAGGAUGAAGUGGAAGAAAGACCACAAACUCCCCAAUACAAAGAUGCGAUCUGCCAACACACCAGCUUCAAACCAACACUCCAAAAUACAGGGCCAUCAGCACACAGAUGGGCCUGCAGCUCCAUUAUUAUAAUUUCUAAAUUGUAUUAUUUAAAUUGCUGGUUAUCCUUGGGACCAAAUGACUUUUUUUGGGGAGGGAAACAUGCAAAGCUUAUUGCUCAGUGUUGGAUAAAAAAACUCAAGAACCGAACAUGGACAAGCGCAAAAAAUUUCGAGGAUUUUUAAACAAGACCUUUUUUGUUGUUCUAUUUAUGUCUUAGACUGUAUCCAUAUCAAAUAAGUAAGGGACAUAUAUGUAUAGGGAUAUUUACAUAUAGCUGAAUGUCUACAUAGGAAACGAACUAUUUUGUAUACAAGCUACAUAAACCACAAAGACAU